CAUGAUAGAGGGGGUUGUUGUCGCAUCCCCUCUUGCCCUAUUUGCGGAGCACCUCUGCGCGCCGUCCACCCCUCUCGAUUCUUGCACAAACUGUCACCGGUCCUCUGUUCUCCAGCUGCUGUUUCUGCGUCGUGAUUGCCGACGUCUCUGCGCUGUCCAAAUCUCCUUCUUCUUUCUUAUUUUAAUGCUACACUGGUGGAUCCGUCACCUUCGAGCAGGUUCCUGCUAUUCUGGUAAGCAUUAGCUUCCGAUGUUCGGUUCGCUGAAGGAGUAGUCGUCUCGGACGUCGAGUUGCUCGGAGACAUGAGGCUUUUUUCACUUGUUGAUCGGCUUUUGCUUCCAUUUAAUGGAUUUUGGGACGAGCGAUGGAGCAAAGUUUUAAGUUUUGAAUCGAAACUAGGGAUUUCGGACUGUUCCACCUCGUUCUACUCCAAGCUUAGUUAAUCCUCUCCUCUGGUUGUUGGUUCUUCCGUCUUCCAAAAGAUUGGAUCUUGCUGCGGCAAAUCUAGCCAUGGCUUUUGCACGGAAUCCGAUCUGGACCCAUUAGAUUCCCUUUCUUUUCCUGCUUCUGGAUUCGGGUCAACCCAUCCGAUUCGCCUUCCGCUGUGGGAUUUAGUGUUGUUGGCACAAGUCGAAAUAUUGCUACUCUUAGUCUGCAUGUUCUGAGAGUAGGAAUUUAUAGGAGGCUGCCAUGGAGGGUUAGGGUUUUAGCAAGGAGUAUUGUGAUUGGUUUCAAUCAUACCACUCACAAUUGCGUCUCCUUCCAUGUCGGCGUGCUUGAGCGGCGGCGGCGGCGGCCGGACCUACGGCUUCGACCUCGACAUCGUGAAGCCGUCGUCUUCGUCGUCGGGCCGCUCCUUGCACUCUUCGUCACCUUCUUCCACCCUCUCCGAAUCGAGCAAUUUGCCGCUCGCGAUCUCCAUCAAGAAGGCGAGAACUCCCCGGAAGCGGCCCAACCAGGCCUACAACGAGGCAGCCGCGCUCCUCUCCACCAUCUACCCCAGCGUCUUCUCCGCCAUGGAACUCAAAAAGCUAUCCAAGAACACGAGACCUUUCGACUCCUUCCCGGAAUUCUCCGAGCUUCUUCCACCUUUCCCGGUCCUCGGAGACGCGGCAGUCCUAAUCCACAAGCCUCAGUCGGAGAAGCCGGCCGCCAUCCGCCUCGAGCUCAAGCACAAGAAUCCGGUGGAGGAGUGCACGAGCCAAAUGAGCAGUGUAUCCCAGAAGCCUAAUUCUCCUGAUCCCUUGCACGACUACUUCGAUGCGGAGUCCAUUCUCGAUGAGGAGGUGGAAGAGGGCAUCGACAGCAUCAUGGGCAACCUCAGCAUGAACACCCCCACAGAGGACAGCAACAACGAGGUAUCGAGCGACCGUAACUCCCCUGUCAAUUUCCUGCUUGGGAGCCUCACAGGACACACAACGUGUGGCGGCUCCGAGCUCGAGCUGGAGCUUGGGCUCAGGAACGGGAGCAUCCUGCGACGCGCGUCGAGGGACCAGGAUGAAGGUGACUGGUGGAGGUUUCCGGCGGUGCCGGUACAAGACAUUUUUCCAAAUCUUAAGCCUGCCGCGACAAUACCGGCAUUGGAGAAGAAGAAGAAGAAGAUGAAGAAGAAAAAGAACACUGCAGGCACAAUUUCCAACUUGUCACAGGAAGAAUCGAAGGCUGGUUUGGGGCUCAAGCUGAACCAUGAGGAGGUCAUCAAGGCAUGGUCAGACCGCAGCUCCAUAUUCUCCGACCAUCCUGAGUCACCGGAUUCAUCAACCGCUGCUCCUGUCAGGUUGGAGGACAUCAAUCUUUUUCCAGACACCACUGGUGCCGACGGCACAAGGUGAAUGCCGACCGGGCUAGUUUGUCAGGAGUUCCUCAUCUCUUCUCCAGCAAGAAUUAGAGGAGGAGAACCAGCGAAACCUUUCCAUGGAGCAACCAUAGUUUCCGACGAAUUGGCAAAGAUGUUGGUUUGAUCUUGAAGCUUUGACAUGCUUCUAGGGUGUCACUAAAUGAGAAGUCCAAAAUGAAUGUGGGGAAGAGAGUGUACCGGAAUAAGAUUUUGUGCAGAGGGUCGAUUUGUUUCUUACUUUCUCCUCAUCAGAAUAACUGUCUCCAACACAAAGGGAUGAUGGUAUGUCAAAUCUUUAUUUUAGUAAUUGCAUCAUCUGCAAGAUAUCAGAAACUUCUAAUUAAAUACAAGCUGGCUAUGGCAGAUGUGUCAGCUGCAAGCUUAGAUGUUGGAACUGUUGUUCAAUCUUAGUUUAAAUCCA